AUGAAUGAUGUCAAAGAACCCAAAUUUGAAGCAAGCUCAUUUGUGGGGUUAACAGAUGUUUUAAUCCAUGAAAUCCUGUUUCGAUUGCCUUUGAAAUCAUUAGGAAUACUCAAAUGUGUCUGCAAGAAAUUGAAUACCCUAAUCUCAGACCCCGAAUUCACCAUCCCUCUUCUCGAAUUAUUGAAAUCUACCACUCCACCCUUAACCAUUGCUAUGCUACAAUAUAAUACCAUAGCCUCACUCAACUUUACAAGUUACACUGAUAUCAAUGAGGGUGUAAGCUUAACCCCAUGGGACCGACAAUUCGGCAACAAUGCCAUUUUUGAGAGUUGUUACUAUUUCAUUAUUGGAUCGUGUUAUGGUCUUUUAUGUCUUUACAUUAAGGAGGGGAAACGAGGAGAAGAUAUGAUGUAUAUUUGGAACCCUUUUUUUAGAAAAUCCAAAAGGAUUGCUUUGCCUUUUGGAGGGAAUUCAACUUAUGUUCAUGUAGAUUCUUGCUGGUUUGGCUUUGUUCAAUCCUUGAAUGACUACAGGAUUGUCUUGGUUUCUACGGUGUGUAAGCCAUACUGUGGGAAGCGAAUGCAUUUGUACUCGUUAAGGUUUGAUCAUUGGAGAGUAAUGUGUGUUAGUGAUGAAGAUGUGUCUUUUAUUUCGGGAUCUAACUCAGUUUUCAUGAAUGAGGCAUUGCAUUACCUUGUUCAUCGUGAGUGCAUACUUAAAUUUGAUUUAGAUACCGAAACUGUUGAGAGGAUACCCUUCUCAAUUGUGCCUAAGCUAUUUCCGAGAGUUGAUCAGGUGUUACUUGGUGUCAUUGGAGAAUAUGAUUGUCUAUGUGUUGUGUUUGUACAUUAUUCCAUGAAGGACUUUGAGGAGGAAGACUCAAGGGGAAACUGUGAAAAUGUGGAAUGGAUGCUUGAGUUAUGGAUGUUGGAGGAAUAUGACAAUUGGAAUUCUUGGAAAAAGUUAUAUAGAAUCGACUUGAGGGAGGAGAUUGCUACACGUUGCACCCAAUUUUUAGGGCUCACAUACAAUGGCAUUAUUUGCAUUCAAGCUGUGGCUGAUGGACUUGUGGUUGUUAACCCAAGGUGCAAUCCGCCUUCACAUAUUUUUGUUAGGGAGGCUGGUGCAGAGGUUUUUAAGUUGACCGAUUAUGUGGAAAGUCUUGUUUUACCUUUAAAUCCCCUUCCUCUUGAUAAGGAUGUUGAUAAUGAUGAUGAUAGUGAUGAUGUUGAUUUUCUUUAUUAUGGUGAUGAAGACGAUGAUGAUGAUGAUUAA